CUUGGCAUAGCCAGCGAGUUGACGCGCUAAUACAUGAGUCCCACCUGCCUUUAGCCAUGAGCUGCUUGGAUGUGAUGUACCAAGUCUAUGGUCCUCCCCAGCCUUACUUUGCAGCAGCUUACCACCAGAAACUAGCCUUUUACUCGAAAAUGCAGGAAGCCGCCGAGAAUGCCAGCAGCGCCAGCACCAGCACCGCGACCAGCGCCAGCAGCACCUUCUCCAGCCACGCCACCUCUGCCAGCAUCAAAGAGGAAGAGUGCAGCCCGGAGAAAGAGCGCCCCCCGGAGGCAGAAUACAUCAACUCCAGAUGUGUCUUGUUCACCUACUUCCAAGGGGACAUCAGCGCGGUGGUGGAUGAGCACUUUAGCCGGGCCCUCAGCCAGCCCAGCAGCUACUCGCCCAGCAGUGCCAGCGCCAGCACCAGCGCCAAGGCCACCGGAAGGAGCUCCAGCUCUUGGAGGGAUGGAUCCUUCCCCAUGAGCCAACGCAGCUUCCCGCCUUCUUUCUGGAACAGCACAUACCAGCCCUCUUCAGUACCUGCUUCCUUAGGUAGCCCCCUGGCGUCCAGCACUCACAGUGAACUGCCCUUUGUGACAGCGGACCCUUAUUCACCAGGCUCGCUACAUAGUCAUCUCCACCAGGGUGGCCCGGAGCCCUGGCACCCUGCCCACCACCAUCACCACCACCAUCACCACCAUCCUUACAUUGGUACACAGAGCUCUGCCUAUCCCCGCCCUACCACAGUACAUGAGGUCUAUGGGCCGCACUUUGACCCUCGCUAUAGUUCAUUGCUGGUGCCCGCUGCUUCCAUGCGUCCUCACCGCCUCACACCCGGCUCUGUGCCCACAGCUGUCAGUCCCCAAUGUGAACUUGGAAAGAGUGAGCCUGCUACUUCAGCAUGGACGACACCAGCACCUUUCUCCAGUCCCGCUGGGGAGAUGGCACAGAGCUUAGGCCUCAAUGUGGACACAGGUUUGCAGCCUCAGGAUAAAAGCAAGGAUCUCUAUUGGUUUUAGACCUGCCCUCCCACCUUCUCCCUCUAGUCAGAUCUCUGCCUAAAUAGGACUGGUGACAGAGCUGAAAUCCAUUUGUAACAGCUUCUGAUCUUGGUUUACAGCUCGCCGCUAUACCUUCUGUGGUGGAUCCUUCCUGAGCUGAGGUGCCUGAGUCUAAAAUCUCCCCCCCUCCCACAUGCAAGCUCCUUCUUGUCCACACAUCCCCCAAGCUGUUGGGCAUCUCAUGUCACAUUUCAAGAAGAAGAAAAUGAGCAAGGCAACGGGCUCUGAAAGCUGCUUUUACUUGGCAUUUCAACCAACAGAACGAUCAGACAUUGGGGGAUGUGUCAGUGCGAGGUGAACAUGCUUUUCUCUCUUGGAAGUGUAAAUCGAGUGCAAUGGUUUUCCACCCAAAACUGUGAUCAAGCCAUUUUAAAAUAAUCAAGUACUUUAAACAAAGAUGUGAAAAAUCACUGGCUUUUCAAAGCGAAAGAAUUGGACACUGGUGGUCAAUUCGGAGGGGGGGGGACGACAACAACUGCUGUUUUUUCAAAGUGACAUGGAGAGGUAUUCAGACAUUGCGAAUGAGAUUUUUGUCCUUAAAGAAACAGGAUGGAUCUUUCAGACUUCAGUGUGUUGGUGAUGAGUGGCAAGUGACUAGCAUGGGCCACCUGCCUCCAGGCUUACACAAAUGCAGCUGUUCCAGAGACAACUGUUCCAACUGUAGAAAUCUGACAAGCAAGGUGCCACCUCUCUGAGUCUGGCACAACAAUUGUGUCAGAUAAUACAUAUAUACAUAUGUGUAUAUAAGGUUUUUAUACGAGAAAUGUUUUAUGAUGAAAAGAGAGACCCUUCCAGAAAAAGAAAUGGAGAGGGGGAGAA